AGUCUCGGGCUGGGAGUGGGGCCACGGUCCUCGCCCCGCCCUGCUAAUGGGCCCGGCCAGCCUGGGGCAGCCCGCUGGGCGAUGGGGACGCUCGCCUCCCGCCACGUGAGCUGUGAACCACGUCCCGCGCAACCUCUCGCUCUCCAAAACUGUUUUUAAUAUUUAAACGAUAUUUGGCUUAGGAGAAUUUCAAAAAGUUAGCAAGAUCUCGGGUCUCAAUUUAGACUCGGGGUGCUGGGGGGGCAUAGCAUCCCUGGAGUACAUUGGAAAGCUAAGCGUCCAAUCGUUGCCUGUCGAAUGGACCUGCAGUGCUUAAACCCCAUAACCCGGCUGGCGGGGUCCCAGGCCCUGGGGUUUCCACGCCCUGAUGCUGGGGUGGCCCGGUCCCCCCGCGGGUGGCUGGUGGCCUGGGGCUGCCCCACACGACGGUCCCAGCAGGGAAUCUCUCGCUUCCCGGCCCUUGGGGACUCGCCCGGCAGGUUCCGGACCCACCCGCAGAGGAACCUGGCCCACGCGCGGCGCCUUUAAGGCCCCUCCGCUCGCUCCCCAGUCACGUGACCUGACCGUCGCUUGGCAACAGGACGCCGCCGAGUCCUGCUUCUCCUCGAGACGCAAUGGCUGAGGAAAGCCCCAGAGCGUGCGCUGAGCCUGUGGAGCCCAAGGCCACGGCCCCGCCGGAGAGGACCAGCGACUACUACCGCGUAAGCGCGGACCUGCCGGGCAGGUUCAACAACCCGGGGUGGUUCCGGGGCUACAGGACCCAGAAGGCUGUCUCGGUGUACAGGACCAGUAACCAGGCUUACGGGAGCAGAGCCCCCACCGUGCACGAGAUGCCCCGGGUGGAAUGUUCCAGAACAAUACUCUCAAUGUUUACCUGGAGAAAAGCAUCGUGA